AUGAGCCAGCCAGCUGCGAACGUCGACUCCGUGAUCCUGAGCUGGGUCAUUGAGGGCCAGGCCACUGAGUACCCUUGCUCAGUCUGGCAGAGAGACUGCUUCAGCUCCGUGUUCUCAGACACGGCUGCUGAGUCGAUGGCCUUAGCCCAGCAGAUCAGCUGCUUAGUUGCUGCGAAGUGCACGUCUAAGCUCCAGAUCACGGACUCAGACUUCGCCAAGGAGUUCAAGGGUGCCGUGAGGCACAAGCUGUCCUCCCUGAGAACAGAGUUUCAGGAGCAGCAAAAGUUCUCAGGGAAGUCUGAGGUGUGGCGAGUGGGUGCCCUUGAGAUCGUCACCUCAGUGGUCUGGGCUGAGGAGCAGCUGAGGCAGAAGAACGAAGAGCACUCCUGGGUCGUGAGGGCAGCCGUCAGGAAUGGCCUUCUGGCCUAUCGGCCUAACCCUCAGACUGGGAGGCUUGAGGUGGUCUCCGAGCAGCCCUGGGCUAAGGCUGACUGGUCUCUGAGCGACUCAGCUAAGCAGAUCUCCGACCUUAUCAGGUGGGACUACUUCAACCCUGAGGAAGACCUUGAACAGGAGCCUGAGGAAGGAGGCUUUGACUUAGACGGUGAGCUCGCAGAGGAUCUGGACCUGAGUCUGCAGAACAGCCUUUCCCUCAGGCUGCAUCCAAAGCUCCGCCGUGCAGCAGCUCGCAGAGCUCUUGAGGAGGGCUAUGCUGACAGAGUCAAGGAGAUCAGGAAAAAAGCAGCCGUGAGGAGGGAGAGGCUCAAGCACAGGACAGCCUUCAGGGGCAAGCUUCUGCAAAGCUUGAGGCAAAAGCUGAUGCUUAACAGUCGUGCAGAAGCACUGGCUGAGGUGGUGCCUGUGAGGACAGAGACGAAAGGCCAGAAACUGAGUGCAACCACCAAGCCCUCAGCAAAGAACAAGCCCUCAGCAAAGGGCAAGGCCAGCAAGUUCCUGAAGGCUUCGGCUAAGAAGAAAGCAGCUAAGAAGCACGACCAGAAGGCCACAGUCGACGAGGUCAUUGGUAAGGUCACAGCUAAGAAGAAGAAGGAGAAGAAGGAGAAGAAGGCUCAGGCCAAAGCUGAGACCAAGGCCAAAGCUGAGACCACAGAGACUGAGUCCGCAGCCCUGGCUCCUUUCCUUGAGAAAGAAGUCAUUUGUGUCUCUGAGGGCAUUGCCUCAGACUUCCAGUCAGGUCGCUACACUGUCAUGACCGUGAGUGGCACCUUCGAGAUCAGGUCUGAGCAUCUGACCCUUUGGGAGCCCAAGACUGCUGAGUUCGUCUGGGCUCAGCUGAAAUACCUCAGCAGGGCAGAUACUCAAACAAUCCUCCGGGCCAUCUCCUGCUGGCCUGAGCCAAAGCUGAGGCACGACGACUAUGCCGACCACGGCUUAGUGCCCUUCCCUGACACUGAGAAGCCAUUCUUAGUGGAGGAUCAGUGGAUCUGGCAGGGCUGGGCCAUGAUGAGCUGGUCUUUGCGAAAAGCCAAGGCAGGCUCCUUUGAGGAGUUCUCAGUGGAGUGCUUAGACCCUGGCCUUCCUCACUUGCUCUUCGAGUUUCCUGAGCACUUGCUUGAGCCACGUGAGAAUGCCGUUAAGCAAGCCUUCGGCAAUGCCCUCAGGCUUCUGGUUCCAGUGGUUAGGGCUUUGCACUGGACCUUGCUGGUGGCUCAGAGAGAGUCCCUAGACCAGACCGAGGGCUUUCAGUGGCGACUCUACGACCGAGGGCUUUCAGUGGCGACUCUACGACAGCCUUCAGCAGCCAAUUGA